AUGUUUGGCAAGGAUGUAGAGAAGACGCCAACUCGGAGGCAGUCGUCACCAUGCCCUUCUGAAGGCAAUCCAGAGGACCUUCAAGACCUCCAUCACACUAUUUCAAAUACAAACGCCCCCCCUCCGGUCUUUGAUCCUGAAAGUUUCGACCCACCAGAUGGAGGCUUCACAGCUUGGUCUCAAGUUCUUGCUGGUGUCUUCAUCAAUUGCUUGGCAUGGGGCUACCCCGCCUCCUUUGGUGUAUACCAGCUUCAUUAUGAAGAAUCGCUUGGAUUGCCCUCGUCUCAGAUCUCUUGGAUCGGUUCCUGCCAGACUUUCCUGACGUUCGCGUUCUGUGGCCCAGCUGGCCGUCUGGCCGAUGCUGGAUAUACCAGAGAGACUGUCGCCUUCGGAAGCUUCCUGGCUAUCUUGGGAACCUUCGUGACCAGUCUGUGUAAAGAGUAUUGGCAAAUAUUCUUGUCCCAGGGUGUUUGCACAGGCAUUGGCUUAGCCUUGCUAUUCAUGCCUGCUGUGACUGUUGUUGGUUCGUAUUUCAAAGCCAAGAAGGCAUUUGCUCUGGCGCUGGCUGCAACGGGCACUGGGCUGGGUUCCAUCAUCUUCCCAGCCACUCUCCAAUAUCUCAUUCCACAAAUCGGUUUCCCAUGGGCCGUCCGCUGUGCUGGUUUCGUCGCUCUCGUCUUGAUAGUUGCCGCAAAUCUCAUACUAAAGCCUUACCUCGCCCCAAGAAAAUCAGGGCCCUUGAUAGAAUGGGAAGCCUUCAGGGAACUCCCCUAUUUAUUGUUCGUGCUGGGCGCGUUUCUGAACUUUUAUGCCUUAUACUUUGGUUUCUUUUAUAUCAACGUUUAUGCUCGCAACGUAAUCGGGUUUACAGCAGUUGAAGCUGUCAGCUUGCUGCUGAUUGUGAACGCAAUGAGUAUUCCUGCACGGCCUAUAAUGGGAUACCUGGCAGACAAUAUCCUGGGACCGAUAAACGCAUUCCUUAUUGGGAUGACUGCACUCAGCGUCAUGGUGUACUGCUGGAUUGGCGUUAAGUCCGUCGCCGGCAUGUACGCUUUCUGCGUCUUCUUUGGAUUCGUGAACGGCGCAUGUCAGGGGACAUUUGUUGGUGCUAAUGCGAGCUUGACCAAAGAUCCCCGUAAAAUGGGUACUCGCUUCGGUAUGGUUCAGACGAUUUCUGCAUUCGCCAGCUUGGCUGGACCACCGACUGCUGGUGCCAUCCUGGAUAAAUCGAAUGGCAAUUUUGUAUAUGCACAGAUUUGGGGUGGUACUGUUUUUCUGUUUGGUGCUCUCAUGAUUGCUUCAUCUCGAGUUGCGUCAACUGGAUUUGUUCUGAUGAAAAAGAAAUAA